GUUAAUCACGCAUCCUCUCUUCUCCUGCCAUUUUUGUGCUACUGGCUAACUUGCUAAUAAAGGGGUCUCCAUCAGCAGGAGGCGGAGAAGACUGCAGGCGGCAGAGAGAAGCAGUCAAAUCAAAGGACCUGAGUCUUCCCUGGAGAAUCGGGGAGUUCCCGCACACAGGAAACUCUUGUUAGAAAGGCUACACAAUGUCCGAUUUCGACAGCAACCCGUUCGCAGACCCGGAUUUCAGCAAUCCUUUUCAGGAUCCUUCGGUGACCCAGGUGACACGAUCUGCCCCUCCUGGUGGUCUGGAGGAGUAUAACCCCUUCACAGACGCCAGAACGGCAGCCCCAAGAAACACCCCCAAAUCUACUCCAGCACCUUCCCAGAACACACAGCCUGCCAUCAUGAAGCCCACAGAAGAGCCGCCAGCUUACUCACAGCAACAGACUCAGCGGCGUAAUGAGGACCAAGCGCGUGCUCAGGCUGAGUUGUUGAGAAGGCAGGAAGAGCUGGAGAAGAAAGCAGCAGAGCUCGAUCGUCGAGAGAGAGAGUUACAGUCCCACGGAGCCGUUGGAGGGCGGAAGAACAACUGGCCUCCACUACCGGAGAAGUUCCCUGUUGGUCCAUGUUUUUACCACGACAUUGCAGUGGACAUCCCUGUAGAGUUCCAGAAGACUGUAAAGAUUAUGUACAACCUUUGGAUGUUCCAUGCAGGCACGCUCUUUGUGAACAUGUUUGGCUGUUUGGCCUGGUUCUGUGUGGAUCCAACUCGUGGCGUAGAUUUUGGCCUGGCUAUGCUCUGGUUUCUGCUUUUUACCCCAUGUUCUUUCGUCUGCUGGUACAGACCGCUUUACGGGGCUUUCAGGAGCGACAGUUCGUUCCGCUUCUUUGUCUUCUUCUUCGUCUACAUCUGUCAGUUUGGAGUUCACGUUCUACAAACCAUUGGCAUCACUGGUUGGGGAACAUGUGGUUGGAUCGCAGCUCUAACUGGCCUGAACACCAGUAUCCCUGUAGGAAUCAUCAUGUUACUCAUCGCAGCCCUCUUUACUGCUCUGUCUGUGGGCUCCCUCAUUAUGUUUAAAAAGGUGCACGCGCUCUAUCGCACCACCGGUGCUAGUUUUGAGAAAGCCCAGCAAGAGUUUGCGACCGGGGUCAUGUCUAACAAGACCGUUCAGACUGCAGCUGCCAACGCUGCAGCCAAUGCUGCAUCCAACGCUGCUCGCGGGGCCUUCAAAGCUCAUCCAUAAACAGAUGUGGUACACGUGCUCAGUGCUCAUUUAAACACACACGCAUAUACUUAAACACACACACACACACACAGAAAAAAUGGAGAUGCACAACUCUGGCCCUGCUGGUCCUCGGAUCAAAUUGAUAAUAUUUGUGAAUGUUUGCCCUGCACCGACACACUUUGCUUAAAAAGUGUGAAGCAAAAUAACGGAAAAAACUAUCGGAGUUGUCCAUCUUCACUUUAAAUCAUAUAUCAGCUCUCCUGCAUCCACCUGGUCAGCUUUUCAGUCAGGUGACUAUCUGCUCACAUCCCACAAAACAUCCAGCAAGUGACUCAAGGUGUGCUCCGACUGUGUGAGAUUUCAUCGCACACGCUUGCGCACUCCUUUACUCUCCUUGUUCGUCUGUCCCCUCGAGGUGAUCCUAGGUCAGGUAAAGGUUGCAGCUCGACCAUACCUUAUUUCUGUGAGGGUGAUGACCCCGAAACAGUUUCCUGCCUGAUAAAUGAAAAGUGAUCUGACCGUGGUGUUUUGCACAUAGUUUGGUUUUCUUGCCCGUAUACUGAAAGUGGCUGGGCCUCUGUGCGAAUGUCUGCUUCACUCCAAGAAAAUUGUGGCUCUGAUUUCUUUCUUUCUUCUUUUUUUUUUUUUUAAUAUAAUCCAGUGCUCCGUCAUUAAGCUCUGAAAGGUAAAUGGUACCUUGUCCUAUAUCUGUGCUUUUGUUGUGAGACAAGUACCAUUCUUGUUAUAGUAAAAGACAAAACAAACAAAAAAAAAAAAUCA